GCCUGCUUCUGUCGCAAGACCCAGAUUUUGUAGUAGGAUGACUAAUCACAUUGCCCGCAUCCUUUCCUUCUACAAUUAUUUUUCAAUAUUUUGCAAAAUUUCACGGAUGUGUUGACAAAGGCUAUCGCGCUUCCGUUUUGCUAUGAAUUGUUUUCCAGCUUUAUUUAUUUCGCUUUUAUUCCUCAGUCUUAUCAGGCGACUUCAAGCCCCGAGUGGGAGCGAGAGAGCGUCAAGUAUUCCUGUACAACUAAAACUGGAAUUAUCACUUUCAUCCAAAUUGGAACUUUCCAAAAUAGAUGAUGUUAAACAGUCUGAAUCAUCCAAGGAUACACCAGUUCUACUGCAACAAUCAUCAUCAGCUUUGCCUUCUUCCUCAUUACACCUCGAAGAGCUUCUUACUCCAAAGGUGGCUCCUGCCACUCCAAGCUAUGAUACAGAGUCUACUGCAACCACAAUCAUUGGUAGUACCAUUGCAUUUAAUCCACAGGCAAAUGGUCAUGUGUCAUCAUCUGUGAUCUUUAUUCCUCCCAGUAAUUCUGGUCAGGUUCAGGCAUCAGACCCCAUGGUUGGUGUUGAGGAAAGAAGUCACUUUGAGCCUUUCCCUACAAAAGAACCAGAAGUUUUGAUAUCAGUUCUGGACACUGCCCCUCCAACUCCAAUCAGUAACACACCAGUUCCCACUCCACCUACUCCAGCUGCAGUUGCAAAGGAAGAUGAAGACAGCAUUACAGCUGAUUUAAACCAGGCAGAGGAAGAAAAUAAACCAAAGGAAGAUGAGAUGCCAUCAUUUGAUGAAUUCAAAAGGAGAGUUUUGCAAGAAGAAGAAGAAAAGAGCAAACAACAGACUGCCCAGAAUACUAGUGGAACUGCACACAAACCCAAACCCAAAAAGGUAAAGGAGAGAAAACAGAGCAACUAUGCAUCUGUGGAUUGUGGUGCCAAGAUUCUGGAUCACAAUAAGGAGGCUUCUAAUGCUGACAGUGUUUUAGUGGAGAACAAAGACUUGUAUAUGUUAAAUCCAUGCAGUGCUAAAGUGUGGUUUGUUGUUGAGCUUUGUGAUGUAGCUCAUGUUAAGAGCAUUCAGAUUGCAAACUUUGAACUGUUCUCUUCAACGCCAGAAAGCUUUCGGGUUUAUGUCAGCACAAGGUAUCCAACAAGAGAAUGGACAAUGCUUGGAACCUUUGAGGCUCGCGAAGAACGAUCAAUACAAACAUUUCCUUUAGAUGAACCAAUUUAUGCCAAGUACCUUAAGGUUGAGAUGUUGAGUCACUUUGGUUCAGAACACUAUUGUCCACUUAGUCUUCUGCGUGUUCAUGGCAGUAGCAUGAUGGAAGAGCUUGAAGAUCAUGAGAUUGGGGGACAAGAUGACACUGAGAACUCAGAGAGUGAACAAGAUAUUCCAGUCUUGCCUCCUGAACCCGGGUCAAAGGCUCAAGAUGAACCCAAAGAGCCAAACUUCCUUGAGCGCGCUGCUGAUACUGUUAUGAAUAUUGUCAAGAAAAUUGCUGGAAAGGAGGAUGAAAAUAGAAAUGGUAGUGAAAAAGGAGAGCAGUAUGAUCAUCCCUUAGAAUCUGUUACCAGUGGUGGGACAGCUUCCAGUGAGAUUGAAUCCAAAUAUAAACAUAAAAUUGUUACUCUUGUUGGUCAUGAAGAACUUGAAGAAAACCAAGUGGAAAACAAGACUAAUAAUGGCAGCAAUACUCUGGUAAAAGAACAUCAUGAAGACAAGAGGACUUCUCAUACACAAGAACAAAAACCCAUAUCUGUUAACAGUAGCAGUCAAAAGACCUCACUGUGCGAGGAUACGGAAAGUGAUUCUAAAUCAAAAACAACGUGUCCAGCUUUGACUCCUUGUCAGUCGUUUGCCCAAGUGAUAGGCCAAUAUUGUUUAGGAUGUUUCAUGGGACAAUUGUUGUUCUCCAAGAGUGGAUAUCAGAAGUCUACAUUCCUAAUGAAUGCUGUAAAGGAUAAAAGAACUAAUCUAAGUCCCAUUCAGAAAUCAAAAUCUGGUGAGAAAGACGAUGAUUCCUCUGAAAGCCAACAAGAAGGAGAACAAGGAGAAUGGGACAAACUGGUGAUACAGGACAACAGCAAAGAAAAGAAAUCUGUGACUGAAAGUAUCAUGCAGCAGAAUGCCCCAUCUGAAGAAAAAAGUCCACAAUUAUCUGUCAACAUUCCCAGCUCAUCCCCCAGCAAUUUGGAUGGAAAAAGUGGAGUUACUGUUUCUAGUCUGUUAAAUGUUGAAGAUACUGUCUCUGUCUCCUCCAAAAUUGUAAAACCUAGUUACUCAGGGAGCCCUUUGGAUGUGAAAGGUGAAAUAUCCGACAUCAAAACACCUUCACUGGGGAAAAUUUCAGUUGUUUCCGAAGCACCUUUGAAUUCUGUGCAGUCAUCAUCUUCUUCCUCUGUGACACUUCAAAGUUUAGAGUUACCUGUCAUUAAAGAACCCGAAGGCAGUAACAGUCUAGAACCAGUAGAUGGUAAUAAUGUACAGGAACUAACCACUCAUGGAAGUUUGUCAUCAGUUAGUCUGUCAUCUACCCAUGACAGGGAGCCUACCUUGUUAGUACAGAAGAAUAGGUUUAAAGAAGUCCCAGAAUCUUCUCAGUCAGAUGUGAACCCUUUUCUUAAAGCUGAAGAGAAGAAGGAGCCUGAUACACCAGAUGAAUUAAGGGGAAAUAAAGACAAUGAAGUCAGUGCAACACCAACAGAAUGUAAAUCUCUAAAUUCUCUACACACUGUGCCAUUUUCAUCUCCAGAUAUUGAUGUCUUGGAGACAAAACUCACUGAUAAAGAAGGGCGAGAAGGAACUGCUCAGCUGCCUGAAGAAACUCAGGCUGAGAAAGACAACCUUUUACCAAAUGAGAAAGGUGAAUCAAAAGAUAAAGAAGGGCAGGUGACUGAUUUUUCAAACAAGAUUGUAGAACCUGAAGAGUCAGGAGACAAAGGGAUUCUUCCUAACAUGGAAAGCCAGGAUAGAGUUGAUAUUAGUGAAAGCACAUUAUCAAAUACAGUGGGGGAGUCCCAAAGUGUCAGUCCAACAGCUCAGCCUCGGGCUGGGUCUAUAACUGACCCUGGUGACCAGUCUGAGUCUGUUCUUCCAUUGCCAGCUCCCCCUGUAGCUAGUGCAAGUAGCCAUGAAUUUAUUGCUGCAGCUUCAUCAGACACCAAUCUGGAUGCCACCAUGCUUAGUAAAACACAACACCAAGCAUCAGGCUCAUCAGCUGGUGUGGCGUCAGCAGUUGGUUCUGGAGUACAUAAGGAGUCGAUUUUUGUGCGACUUAGCAACAAGAUCAAGGCCUUAGAGCAGAACCUCAACAUGAGCACUCUUUACAUGGAACAGCUAAAUCAGAGGUACCGGAAAUCACUGGAUGAUCUUCAAAAAAGCUCGGACAAAAAAGUUGCCUUGUUGACAAAUGCCACAAAGAAAGCAGAAACUGUGAUUAACAACCAAAAGGAACAAAUUGCCAAACUGCAGUCUGAGCUUGGUAAUCUUACCAGUAUGAUGGUGGAAAUGAAGGCUCGCAUGGAUCCUCUAAACAAGGAAGUUAUGGAGAGGCAUGUGAUUGGUCUGUGUAUAGAGAUUGCUUUGAUCUUGUUCUUGUUUUUGGUGUUUACUAAGAGGAACAACAAUAAUAACAACAACAACAUUCCUGAGGCCCGAGGGGAGUCUGGACACUUUGUGAAUGGCAAGGGCCCCCCUAGGUUUGCAAUCGAAGAGGAUCAUAACAAGACCAGUACAAUCCACACAACAGCCUGUCUCAGUGGAAGAGAGCAGCUCCUUCGUAGUUUUGGAAAGCCCUCAGAACCGGAGUCUGUCGGUUCUAGUAAUAUUGCAGAUGGUCAUGAGAACAAACUAAACAAGGCAGAACCGUUCAAUUCUAAUGACAGUAAGAAGAGACGUAACCGCAAACGCAAAGUAUCCAGUCUCGAGCCUCCCUCAGACAGUACUUCUUGUGCUGACACGCCUAGUCCUGGUAGUUUUCUCAGUCGAACCGCUGGCUUACUCUUCUCGAGUGCUCGUGGACUCUUUGGUAGUUUUCACAAUCCAUGGAAAUUGAAGAAGCCAUCGACUGUGCAUAGCGAUCCUAUCCUCUCUACAAGAUCGGGAGACAGCCUCGUUGGUGAAACGGAAAGACUGAGGCAUCCUGUGCUAUUAAGAGCUAGGAGUUUAGACUCAGUUCCAGAGGAGACACCUUCACAAAGACUUGCACCUCCGCCCACACCACCCCCUCUCUCACCGGAGUUUGGGGUCGUGUUUAAGCGCCCCCCUGAUUGUUACUACUCCAAGAAGACCGGUGUUAGGAACAUAACCCCUGGCCCGAUAAAAUGUGGAAAAUAUGGCGUCUUAGAUUCCCAGAUGGCGUAACUUGGGCCCCUCGAAGACCACACCCAUUCUUCAACUUAUUUCGGCAGCACGUUUCACUGGCGAAGUUGAGGAAUGUGAUUGGUUUUCGAGGGAUUUCCGACAGAGAGAAAUGAAGAAAAGGAGAAAAAUGUCAUGGGGUGACCCUUCUUGAGCAGCCUUAGAAAUUUUACUCAACUUGGAAUGAAGGAAUCGAUUAUCGGGAGCUGAAGCUUAAAAGAACUUUCUCUUAUCAGCCUUAAAAGGUGGAUAGAAAUCUUAUAUUUUUGCUGAAAUGCGUAUAAGGCUUGGUAGACUAGCUACCAAUUGAGUAAAAUUGUAUUCAGUGGGCCAUUUUCAUAGACCAAAGAACUCAGUAAUAUUGAGGAGUUCGUUUAGACCAAAUAUAUCUCUAAAAUGCUGCGUGUAAAUGUUCUUUCUAGGAAAGCAGUAUUCAAAUGGUAAAGUCAGUUUUUGCAGCAAAAUGAAUUUGUAUAGGUAAACCAAAAUGUGUCAUAGGUAAUACAAAAAGGAAAUUCCGCAAUUGGUAUCAAGAAGUAAUAUAUAUUUUCAUAUUUAAGACAGAAUUGGUACAAGUUAAGAUAAUAUUAAAUUAGUAGGAAAAAUAAAAGAGGC